AUGGCGGAACCUGGGCGGACCAUCGACAUUUUGGCUAUUUGCGAUGAGUGGAAGCCCUCGAAGGGUGGUUUGUCUGCUUUUAAUAGAGAAUUGGCUAUCAAUUUGGCAAAAGUAUCUGGGGAAAAUGUCAAUAUACAUUGCUACGUGUCCCAAAGUGAUGAUGCGGACAGUGAAGACGCUAAAAAAAAUGGAGUGAACUUGUUGACUGCUCAGAAAAUAUCAGGAACGGAAAACCCUCAUGAAUGGCUGAAGUUUCCACCACCAGAAUUACCCAAUAUUGACAUAGUGAUUGGCCAUGGUAGGAAAUUUGGAUUACCCGCCUGUUUUAUAAAAAAAAUCAUGAACAAGUUAAAAUUGCCAUGCAAACUGUUGCAGUUUCUGCACGUAUGUUGCCUUGAGCUUGGUAAGUACAAAACGUCGAGAACGAACGAUACAAUCCACGAAAACGAAGAAAAGCACAAAGAUGAAGUAGACCUCUGUGAAGAAGCCGAUGCCGUUGUAUCAGUGGGAACGGCGCUACAGCAGAACUACCAAAGAUUUCUACCAGAUGUUAAAGUACAUGCUUUCACUCCAGGUAUUUUUGACAGUUUUGUGUCAAAUCAGCCUCCCCAGCAGCUACCUUUGGCAGAAGAUGAGGAAUUCACAUGUCUGGUUUGUGGUCGAGCAUCCAAGGAAGAUCGUUAUCUCAAAGGUUAUGACAUUAUCGCUGAUGCGAUAGGAAAUCUUGGAAAGAAUUUUAAGUUGGUAUUUGUUGGUUCGCCUGCUGGUAAACAAAGAAAAGUAGAGAAGUGGUUCCUAAAGGAAACCAAGAUAAAACGCGAGCAACUGACCAUUCACGCCUAUGUUGACCAAAAGCAGCUGAAAAAACUGAUCCGCACUUCAGACAUGGUUGCACUUCCAUCUCGUACAGAAGGUUUUGGAUUGGUUGCUCUGGAAGCCAUUUCGGCUGAAACUAUUGUUCUUGUAUCAAAACAAGCUGGUAUCUCGCGGGCCCUCCAAGCCGUACAGGGUGGUAGUUCUGUUAUUGUUGAAUCACAUGAUGAUCCUGACGAAUGGGCUAACAGAAUGCGACAACUGUCCAAUCAGACCCUUCAGGAAAGACGUGAAAGAGCUGUUUGUCUUCGCAAAAACUACGCGAAGAAGUACUCUUGGGGAGAAGAAUGCCAGAAACUAAUGACCUUGAUUAAAUCAUUGGUGAUAAGAGGUAUGUCGGCUUGAAAAGGUUUUAAAAAACUGUUUAAUUUCACUAUAGUUAGUGGUUUCACUAUAUAGUCUCAUCCUCGGGAAACCUGCAAAUUAUAUGACAAUUUUUUUAGAUGGUGCUCUUUAACGGUUUGCAAUUCUUUUCACUUGCCUUGCCACCAGAAUUUGCUUUACCAAGUAUAAUGAAAUGAUAUGGAGGCAGUUCCUCUAAAAAUCUCUCCUUCAAACAAUAAGACGAACAGAUCACUUUAAUAGCAGCCCUUCUAUACACCUUUUUUUUGGGCAGGGGGGUUGGGGGGGGGAUUAUACUGUAUUAAUUUUAUUUGUUGUCAGUUUUGUUUGUUUAUCAAUGAAACAUUUGGAACGUGCUGGUUACUGCUGAUUUCGAUUCAGAAGCAUUUUGGGUCAGUAAUCCAGCUUUCCAAAGUGAAUUGUUACUUGAAGUCUUUACAAUGUGUAAUGCAUUUAGCAGAAUCAUAGUCAGUGGAACAAACAUCAUGAUUUUAAUUGACGGAUGAACUAUAAGAAUGUGUCUUGAUUGGCAGUCAUGCCAGUGAUCAGAAUUUAAUUUAAUACCCUCAACUAAUUAUACACAAUUCUUCUAAUGAUGGUUACUACACAUGUUGUCAAAAUGUUGGUCACUGUCAACAAAAACACUCACCUGGAUGAUCAUAUUCCACCCACUUCUUAACAAUGAAAUAGAGGCACCCUUUGAUUUUCUAAUAAGUAUGUUUCUAAAUAUCUACUUAUAUAGGUGAUAACAGCCAGCCCUCAGAAUCAAACAUGAAUGCCACCACAGCAGCUGCCCGGGUAAACAGAAAACAAACUCGAGCUGAGGUUGAUGGUCAGAUUCAGAAAAGCAUUCCAAUGUACUUACAAGCAGCUCUCUGCCAAUGUUUUGAAAGGAUGAGCCAUGCCUUGAGAUGGGGCGAUGUUUCUCUACGAGAUGAUCCUGUGACAGGCAAUGAGGGACUGUUUUUAAAAGUUGGCAGUUCCACAGCCUAUAGAGACUAUGAUCAAGAACAGGGAGAGCAUCCAUUGCAACCAGGGGCAGUGAGAUUGAACAAAUUCUUUGCAAAAUAUGGGCCCUCAGAGGCAAAAAAGGCUUAUUCACUAUCUGAAAUAUGGAUGGACGCGUUUUGUUUUUUUGCAGCCAUAGCAGUGCUGAUCUUAGGAAAGCUAUGCUCAAAUCACUAUGAAGAUUCCAAAGCUUUAAUUGGUGCUAUUUGUGCUCUUAUAUUUAGUAUUAUAUUUGCAACUCACGAGAAGGCUCUCCAUCUGAAAAAUAACAGAGCAGGACCUGAACAAUCGAUGAAAAUCGAUGAUCGGAAAAUCAAUCGAUCAAUCAAUGACAAUUGAUUAAUUAUUGUUGAUUAGCAUCGAUUGGUAUCAACCAAUCAAUGAUCAAUCGAUAAUCACACUUAGGUGGUGGCAAACUUCAUCGAUUGCCAUCGAUUGGCACAAAAUUCAUGUCUCCGUAUUUUCAGGUAUUGCGGGAGUGUACACAGAUUGUAUGUUAUUUUUAAACCUCAGUAGCAAAGUUUGAGAAUUGUUCAUCAAUAUGGCUCCAUGAAAAACAGCACAAAUAAUUAAGACAAUUAGCAUAUCUUGUUGUCAGUAUUACAAACUUGAUCGAUUUAGCUUCGAGUUCAUUGCAAAGAUUCAACUGACCUGGGACGCAGUUGUUGUUCAAACACGAUUAAGCUUAUUGUUAUUUCUUUUUCUUCUUCUUUCUUUAUAUGUCUGUGCAGACGCCAACCUCGAUCUUCCGUGCAGAAUUCCCAAAUAAAAAGCAAUGAUAUCAAAAUGUGUAGCUUUAUUAGUACUCCGAUGUUUGACUCAAUAGGUAAUCGAUUGAUAUUGCAUAUUGAUAACAAUCUAUUAUGUUAAUUGAUCGAUUCCCAUCGAUUAUCGAUUGAUAUUGAAAUUGAUGAUAAUCAAUAAUCACAAAAAUUUUUGUGAUCGAUUGUCCAUUGAUUAUCAAUAUCAAUCAAUUAAUUGAUAUUGAUUGACAUCGAUUGUCAUCGAUUAUUGAUUUCAUCGAUUGUUCACGUCCUGAACAAUGGGAUCAGAGAAGCAAUGACUGGAAAUACGUCUGCUGUUCGCAGGCUACCCGACGGGCGACUACGAUAAAACUCUCUCCUCUGCAGAGGCCUCUUUGUGUUGUGGGGAGGCUGGGGAGAAAGAAAAAGAGAGCACGUGUGUAA